UCGCUUUCCUCAAAUUCCGGAUUCAAAAUGUAUAUAUUUCCACCAUAUACCCUGCUCCUUAUCAUCCUCCGCAUUGUGAGUGUCCGUGCGAUGAGCUUCGACCAGCCCCACAACGAACACGACGCCUCCCUGGCUAGCUAUUUGGACAACACCAACGAUGACAUAUCUCCCCAGGGCUUCAACGGCGAUGGGAAUGGUAGUUCGGGGGCCACAGUGGUGCCAUUCCCUUAUCUGGGAUGCACCACAAGACCGUCCUACCAAUCUGGAUGUGAAAGCAUGGACGAAAGCGCUAGGGACCGAGAAAAAGAUCGCAAUAUUGAUCGGGAUCGAGGCCGAGAUUGGGAUCGAAAUAGGGGUUGCGAUAGAAACAGGGAUCGGGACAAAGACAGGAAUAAUAUUAGAGAUAGGGACAACUGUGACUCCUGUGACGAGAUUAUCAAUUCGCGGCUGAAGGCCACCCACAUUGCCCAGAAUGCCGCCCAGGUGGCCAAGGCAGCCAAUGAUGCACAGGCGGCCGCCGCUCAAGAUGCAUCGCGGCAGGCGAAGAUGCAGCUGGCGGAAAAGGCCAUCUCCGCUGCCCGUGCCGCCGAUGCGGUGCUCGAGGGCAAACAGGCAAUGGUGGACAACUACGCUAGGGAGAUCCGGGAUGCCGAGGAGGUGGUCGGACAGGUGAGCUGCUCGCUGCAGAACAGUGAGACGAACGUGGAGGCCUCCUGUGCCGUGGUCAAAGCAGCGGAGGUUCAAGCCGAAACAUUCAGGGCCCUCGUACAGCAGACGAGUGGCAUUUUGUCGGAAAUGGACAGCCUAAUCGACCAGUCGAACAUGGAUAUCGAGGAGAAGAACCAAAUGCUGGCGGCGGCGAAGGCACGUGGUGACCGCCUGGCCCGCCAGGUGGCGCAAGCUAAGUCGGAGUACGAGCAGGUGAAGGAGGCGGCCUGUCGCGCCGCAUCCGCCGCCGUGGAGGCCAAGCAAAAGGUCGGCACCGGCAGUUUGCUGUACAAGUCGUCGGUUCACCGCCUACCCACUGUCGCCAUAAGGGCCAAUGGAGCGCGCGGUUACGCACUCGACAGGAACACCUGCAAUGCUCUCCUGGAUCUCUACAGGCAGCGCCGACGGCAGCAACAGCGAAUGCGGCGGGAGAAAAUCCUGAACGGACUGGAUCGCUAUCAAGGGAAUUCACUGUACGGGGAUCACUCGUACUAACAAAUGCGCUCCCUACUAACGGAUGCUACGUCCACAAUUCUGUUUUUCUAAACGCUGCAAAUUAUUUUAACUCUAUUUGGAUAAGAGUUUCGAGAUUUUUCAACAAUUUCAGUUUCACUUUUUGAGCGUAAAUAUGAAGUAUUACCUAAAUGCG